UUUACCGAAAAAACUAAGAAUAUGAAUUACUGCAGUCACGAAAGCUUUAAAUAAAAAUGUUACAGUGUUGUUUAUAUUAUUAUUCUUUGGUGACUUACAUAUUUUUUUCUAGAGUCCUACAUGUGGCUGUGCAGAGAUUGUGGCUCGUCUCACAUAUCUAGAUCAAAACUUUUAAAACACUUUAGGUUCGUACAUGGACAAUAUGGCCGCAGACACGCAUAUCCAUGCGCAUAUUCUUACUAUCCAUGCACUUUUAAAACCUGGAAUGCACUGCGGUCCCACUUAUGCAGAUCACAUGGUAGUGAGCAGCAACCUCAAAAGCAAAAUUCUAGCGAAAGUACAAAGAUAAAUUGUCAUGUUUGUGGUGUUACUGACAUUCCUUCAGUAAAUGAUUACUUUCUCCACAUAAAUAAGCAUUUGCACAGUCAUGAGACAGUAAGUUGUAUGUUUAAGGACUGCUCGUUUAAAUCAAAUGUGUAUAGCACAUUCAAAUCACAUAAGAGGCGAAAACAUUGUCAGUGUUCGUUGACUGAUUUUAAGGAAGGAAUAGUGAAAACACAAGAGGUAAGAGGAAUAUCUGAUGACACUCUUUCAAACGAAGAAAUCAAUACAUCUAUGUUAGAGGAGGAUUCCAGUUGUAUUGAUACAGGAGAGGUUCCAGAGAACUUACCAAAGUUGCUAGAGCUUAAAUUUGCUUCUUUGCUGUUGAAGCUGGAGAAUCACUAUCAUGUCCCAGGCACAGCUGUCGAUGAGUUGUUGGAGGACUUGCAUUAUUUACUGAGUGAUGCUUCUUUCCCUUUGUCAUACAGAAUUAUUGUAGACACCUUACAAAAGCACAGGAUUGACAAUGAUGAGUUUCUAGUCAAAGACCUUGUUACAUCUUUAAGUACAACAAAUCCUUUACUCACUGCAAUAAAGCAUGGUGGUCCACUAGCCUCUGCAUUUAAGCGUAAAGAAUAUUACAGGGAAAAUUUUAAAGUUGUAGACUCCGUGGAGUAUGUUCUUGAGGCCAAGGGAAACAGAACUUUUCAAUAUGUUCCAAUACUUGAGUCUUUACAGAAUCUACUUGGUCAAAAUGACCUACUAGACAAAGUGGUCGAAAGUCACAGUUCUCAACAGUUAAGAAGAGAUGUCCAUCAGUACAGGUCAAUUCAGGAUGGUCAGUUUUUUAAAGCAAAUUAUUUCUUCUCAGAUGAGUUGAGGAUAUCUGUGUGCUUAUAUGUCGAUGACUUUGAAAUUUGCAACGCUCUCGGGACAUCAAGAAAGAAGCACAAGAUAUGUGCACUCUACUGGAUUUUGGGUAAUGUGCCAUCCAUGUUUCAGUCAACUUUGUCUUCAAUUUAUCUUGCCGUUUUGUGCAAAACAGAAGACGUGAUAACAUACGGAUUUGAGAAAAUCUUGCGACUUCUUUUGCAAGAUCUCCAAACUUUGGAACAGCAAGGUGUUUUUGUCCACCAGCUGGGAACAUUCCUUAAAGGAACAGUUCAAUGUGUUGUGGCCGAUAAUCUUGCUGCACAUUCAAUGGCUGGCUUCAUUGAGAACUUUUCAGGAGAGUACUGUUGUCGAUUUUGUACAGCUUCUCGUGCAGAUUCUCAGAUCAAUGAAGUGAAGGCAGGUGAAUCUAAACUAAGGACUGCAGAAGAACACCAGGGACAUGUGAAACUUGCAAAGGAGAAAGGUGUGAAUGUCAUGGCUGUGAAAAAAGCAUGUGUUUUCAGUGACAGCCUUAGCUACUUUAAUGUUACAACAGGCUAUCCUGAUUUGGCUCAUGAUCUUUUUGAAAGCAAAGUACCAGUUGAGCUGGCAGAGUGCUUUUCUGUACUUAUUUCAAAUAAGAUCUUGUCUCUUGAUCUGCUCAAUGAACUCAUCCAUAAUUUUCCGUACAAGUGGGGUGAUAAGACAAAUCGACCUCAAUUGGUGCCACAGACAUUUGCAAGGAGAAAAUCAGUUGGUGGCAAUGCGCAUGAAAAUUGGUGCCUGUUAAAACUGCUGCCAUUUAUUAUUGGGCAUUUGGUGCCUGCAGAUGAACCUGUGUGGCAUAUGAUUUUAGACUUGAAGGAUAUUGUGGAACUGGUUGUGUCUUCAGUUCAUACAGAUGAGACCAUUGCAUAUUUGGAAUGCAAGAUCUCUGAACACCGUCAGAAGUAUCAGGAGCUUUUCCCACUUAAACAGCUGCUUCCAAAGCAUCACUUUUUGGAGCACUAUCCAGAAAUGGUUCGCUGCUUUGGUCCUUUAGUUUUUCUUUGGACAUUGCGUUUUGAAGCUAAGCAUAGCUACUUCAAACAAGUAGUUAGGCACACAAAUUGCUUCAAGAACAUAACACUAACUUUGGCAAGAAAACACCAAUUGAUGGUUGGAUAUAACCUCCACAUACCCAGCCCUGAAAAGACCACCUUACAGGUCAGACGUGUCUCUACCAUCACGGUUGAGGUCAUGAAAGAGGAUAUCGUACGUUGCCUUAAUUCUAGAUAUCCUGGCAUCACCACUGUCAAUUUUGCUAAGAUUAUGAUAGCAUAAUGUAUCGAAUUGCCCAUGGGUCUCUUGGUGGACUUCCAGAAUUUGCAGAAAUUGCUCAAAUUUGUAUAAUCGAAGACAACCUUGCCUUCAUUGCCAAAAAAAAUGUGUUCAUGGUAUCAAGAGCACUUCAGGGCGUUUGAAUUGGUACCAACUCUUGAAAUGUGCUUAAUUACCCUCAAUGAGUUGAAAGACCCAUACCCUCUUGCAGAUUAUAAGGUUGGCGGUGUCCGAAUAAUUACCCUAAAAUGACACGUACUAAUAGAUGAGGUGUAAUAACCAGCCACUGAAGUCCUGUGUGGACUUGUAUAUUUUAUGUAUAUUUCAUUUUAUAGUAAACAUCUAUUUAAUGUCAAUAGUUUGGAUUGGUCUUCUGGUAUUGUAGUCAUAUAUUCAUCCCCUCUAUCUCUCUUUCAGAAAAGUUUGACAGGAUGGGUACCCCAGCCAAACUUCUAGUAAUCUUGUGAGAAAAUAAUUGUGAAAGGUUAAAUCUCCCAACUGGUAUACCAAACUCGUUGAAUGACCUUAAAAGAGAAAUCCAAACACAACUGAGAGUACUUGAAGAUUUUGGACUUCAAUUCAAAGAUCCGGACUUUAAUGAUUUUAUCAACCUCACUUCAACUUCAGACAUACAGGAUAAAGCUACACUCAAGGUCAUUCAGUUGCCUUCAUCUACAAGUUCCCCAACUACUUCAUCUGUGCCAGAAAUAAAUGAGACCUCUUCAAUAUCAUCCUGUGACACAGACAUAAUCUCAUACUCACAGUCAUCUUUACUUUCAACUCCAGAAUCUGUGUCUUCAGACGGAAGUCAGGCAUGGCCUGAACGUUUCCCAAUACCACAGUUAAGUUUUGAUGCUGAGAUUCAACUGCAAAAAACUCAACUUGCUUAUCAGACUGAUGGUACUGUCCUGAGCCCCAAUGCCAAACUGAAGUCUGAUAUUUUGGAUGCUUUAGCUUCAGAAAUAAUAAAGUACAAGGCAUACCCUACAAGUGCAGAUCUUGAUGUUGCUGCUGCUUUGGUACAGAAGCACCCAUGCCUCAAAGAAAAAGGCUCUGUGAGCGGCUACUAUGGCUGGAAAAUAAGUCUGAAAUAUAAGAUGGCAAACUACAGAACAAAAUUGAGGAACAUAGGAUGUUCUGAGUUAAAUAUCAACUCCCACAAGCGAAAAGGAUCCAUGGGAAGUCCCAACCAAGUGAAGAAACCUAGAAAAGCCGAGGUUAAUUACUGUCCAGAUUACCCAUUGGGUGAAACAAAGGAUACGCUUGAAAAGCAAAGGAUGACACUACUGUCUGAGGUGACUAAAAGAAACAAUGAGCAGGUUAUCAAGGUCCUGAUGGAGAGAACAUUUGCGCUUCGGAGGCAUGAGGUGGUAGAAGAUUUGCCGUUCAUCGUUGAGUUUAGGAACAGAUGGCCAGCACUCUUUACUGAGAGAGAGGUAAGUCUUUGAUGUAAUGUCAGUUAUGAUUAAAUACUUGGAUGGUUUAUAUAAUUCAAAAAUAUGAAAAUGUUCAUUUGUAAUUUUGUAUGUCAUCUGUAAGUGCUGGUAAAAAAAAAUGUUCAAUGUUUUUUAAACAUGUUUAUCAGCAGCCAACAUUAUUUGUCCUUUCAAAAUUGUAUUAGGUAUCUGCAGAAUUCAGUAGGAUUACAACUAUCCCUUUCGUGUCCAAAUUUAUGGGUCAGCUGGAUAUUUUCUCAACCCAGCUCCUCAGAAUCUUCAGAAAGAAAGGAGGAACAGCAACACAGAAGAUGACAAACAUCCUGUCAGUUAUGGAUCGGGUAUGUUCUCUAAAUUCAUCAUAAUUUUAAAUCUGACAAUAAUUAAUAAUAUAUUAAAAGAAUAUAUAACCCAAAGAUGGAAAUUCAGUCAUUAUGUAUAGCCUCAUGUUAUCGAGGGGGUUAAUUUUUGGGUUAAGUAUCCCUUUAAAGUCUGGUAUAUACAGUACUCUGCAAAAGUCUUAGGCAUGUUAAUAUUUUCACCCAAAGAAGAAAUGGUUUUAAGCCAGUUAUUUAAAUCUUUUACUGCAGUGUGUCAGUACGAAAUAUUUUACAUUUCCAAACAUUCCUUUUGCUAUUAAUUGUAAUAAUCCAGUGACAUUUUUUAUAUGCACAAGGAGUCUGACAAUAGCCAGUAUGAUCCACACAGAGAUUCGAUCUCAUCAUCAUCAAGUCUAUCUGUGAUUACAUGAAGAAACAGAAAAACUGAGAAAGAUUAAAUCCAGAAGAACUGCGUCAACAUCUCCAAGACACCUGAAGAAACCUUCCUGCGAAGCUACAGUACUUUUUCUACUGCUUUAAAACACAAUGCCAUAAAUAGAUUUUAUUUACUUAACUUCUAUUAACUACAUAAAAUCAAUACUCGGUGUGACCAGCCUUUGCGUUUAAAAAAGCUUUUGUCCAGGUACACUUGCUCAUAGUUUUUCAGGUAGCUUUGCAGGAAGGUUUAUUCAGGUGUCUUGGAGAUGUUGAUGCAGUUCUUCUGGAUUUAAUCUUUCUCAGUUUUUCUGUUUCUUCAUGUAAUCACAAGAAUGACAAACUUGACUUGAAUGAAAACAACAGAGUGGGAUAAUCUGUAUAAUGCUACUUAUAAUGGGGCAAUAACAAGUCUAAAAAGCAAAGUGCUAACUAAUGCUAAUUUCAAAUUUUUCAGAAUGACACCAUCGAAAAAAACCGUGAAUGCAUCUUGAAAGCCCUUACUGUUUACAUGAACGAAGACCCCUCAAACCUUGUGAAGGGGUACUUGGACGUUGAACAUGAUGAAGCCCAAACUUCAAUGCGCAACACCACCCUCGGCAUUUAUGUCGUCGUACAUGAAGGGGCAGAUGCUACAGACCCUUACGAAGAUGUUGGCAUUAUCAUUGAAGGCGUCCAAAUACUUGAAGACCAUGUGGCAAAUGCUUGUUCUGUGAUGCUUGGUCUAAUUUACACUUUAAACUUGGCUUACCCACAAGACCUGAGGUACACUUUUGAAGUAUUUCAAAAGAUUUUCAUGGAGCUAGAUGCAAACAAGCUGUUAAACAAGGUCCAGGUCCUGAAAAAUAAACUCCUUUCGUAAACGCUGUAACUUGAGGUCAGGACCAAGGCCCAGGACUUAUGUUUUUUCAUAAUGUUGCACUGUUGUUUGGCUGUUGCAGUACAUAUUUAUGUACAUAAUACUGUUUUUUAUUUAUUUAGUUUAUUUUUGUUCUUGUGCAAUUAAAAGGAAGCAAAAGAAGACUGCUAUUAUUUUUCAAGUAUAACACUUGUAUGUGAAUAUUUUAUUAAUCCUUUAAUUUAAAGACAGUAUGCGUUUAUUUAUUUUUAUUUUCUUGUAAUAAGCAGAUUCUUUUCAUUUUGAAAAGUAAAGUUAGUCUUUUGAGAUUACAGAUUUUGUACAAGUUAUUAUUUUUGGAAAAAUGUGUAA